ACAACAACAACAAAUUGUGUAAAGCAAUCAAGCAAGCAAGCAAGCAACUUGAAGAAAUUGUCAAAAGACAUUGGCAUUCAAAAAAAAAACAAUUUUUUUCUUCAAUUUUUCAAGUGUUAAGUGCAUCAUCAUCAAAAAAAACGUCGAAAACAUAGCAUCAUCAUCAAAUUAAAAAAAAAACAUGUCGAGAACAAAUUUUAAACAACAGCUCAUGAAAGAGCAAUUAAGACAGGAAGAAUUGCGUCAAACAUCUAAACAACAACAAUCAGCCGCAUCAAUAAUGACAACUACAACCGCAUCAUCAUCAUCAUCAUCGAAUGCAUCAACAACAUCAUCAUCAACAACAUCAUUAUCAUCACCAUUAUCAUCAUCAACAACAAUUGCGGCUGGAAAUUCUAAUAAUGAUCAUCAACAACAACAGCGAUCAACAACAACAUCGAAUAACAUUCCAUUAGCUCAACAACAACAACAAGCAUCUGAACCAAUGGUUAUUAAUUUUCCAAGUUCAUUAUCAUCGCACCAUCAUCAUCAUAAUCAUCAAAAUCAUCAUCAAUUAAUACCUGGUGGUGCUGGUUUUAGUUUACCAUUACAAUUACAAUUAUUUGGUACUAAUGGUGCCGGUGGUGGUAAUGGUGUGUUAAAUUCAUUAAAUUCACCAUUCAAUCAACAACAACAACAACAACAAUCGAUUCAACAACAACAACAACAACAACAGAAUCUAAUACAAACAAAUCCAUUACAACAACAACAAUUUAAUGGUCCACAUUCAUUAAAUCAAACAUCAUUAUUACAUCAAACAAUUGUUAAUAAUUGUAAUAUUGGACAACAACAACAACAACAACAACAUCAUCAUAAUAUGGAUAGUAUUGGUGCUAGUCUUUUAAGAAAUCAUAUUGCCUCACCACAACAACAACAACAACAACAACAACAAACAUCGAAUAAUAAUCAGCAAAAUAGACCGGAACAACAAUCAUCACCAUUUGCAUUAAGUCCAGAAAGUCCAUUAUCAGGUGGUGGACCAUCAUCAGCUUCGGAUUUUGAUGAUGUUUUUGAUGGUAUAAUGCGUUUAGAUCAAACCGGUAUUGAUGAUAUUGAUAAUAUAUCGGCAACAAUUGUUGAAAUGAGUAAUGAUUCUAAUGGUGGUGGUGGUGGUAGUAAUUGCGGUGGAAAUAGUAGUGUUGGUGGUAAUAAUUUUUUCAAUACAAAUCAAAAUAGCCAAAAUAGUUCAUUGAUGGAUAUAGGUGGUGGUGGUGAACAUCAGAAAAAUAUAUUAAUACCGAAUACAUUACCUGAUCGUAUUGAAUCAUUUUUAUUAUCAAAUUCAUCACCAUUACAAAUUGGUUCGCUCAAAACAACAACAACAAAUUCAUCACCUGGUAAUCACCAAUCAAGUCCAGUUGCAAUAAAAUCAUCGGCAACCGCAACAAAUCGUUUUGGUGGUUCCACACAACUGGGUAGAUCGGCAACAUCAAACGGUCAUCGUUUAUCUGGAUCAUCAACAACAACAUCUGUAUCAUCAUCAUGUCCACAAUUAACCGAACAAGAACUGAAAGCAUGGCAAAAAGAUCGACAAAAAAAAGAUAAUCAUAAUCAAAUUGAACGUCGUCGCCGAUAUAAUAUUAAUGAUCGUAUAAAAGAAUUAGGUACAUUAUUACCAAGAAAUGCUGAUGAUCCAAAAUAUUUUGAAUUAGUUAAAGAUAUGAAACAAAAUAAAGGAACAAUAUUAAAAGCAUCGGUUGAUUAUUUGAAAUUAUUGAAACAUGAAAAUAAUCGUUUGAAUGAUGAAUUUGAUCGAGCACUUGGGGAAACAAGAAAAACUAAAGAAGAAAAUCAACGUUUACAAGAAGUACUAUUUACAUUAUUGAAAAAAUUAAAUGUUACUGAAGGUAGAUCAAUGGAAUCGAUUAUGGCUGAAAUACAUUCAAUGACAGCAUCAUCAACGAAUAAACCAAAUGCUGAAACAUCAUCGAUUAACAAUCAUCAACGAAUACAGAAUAAUAAUAAUUCCAAAGAUCGACGACAAUUUGAUUUAAUGGAUUAUAAUCAAUCAUUAAAUUCACCAACAACAGCAGCAACAACAAAUUCACCAUCAUCAUCAAAUCAAGAUUAUUUGGAUAAUAAUAAACAACAUCCUAUUGGUGUUGGCGGUAAUAGUGUUAAUGGUGGUGUUAAUAGUGCAAGUACAUUUCAAUUUGUCAAAGAAGAACCUACUAAUGAAACAUCGAUGAUUAAUCAUCAUCAUCAUCAUCAUCAUAAUCGAUUAUCAUCGCCAAUAAGUCCUAAUAACAACAACAACAACAAUAAUAAUAAUAGUGGUUAUUUUUUAAAUAUGAGAAAUUCUCAACAACAACAACAACAACAUCAUAUUCAACAACAACAACAAAUUCAAUCAUUAAUGAUAAAUAAUAAUAAUAAUAAUAACAGUGGUGGUGGUCAACAAACAUUUGGUCAUCAAUUAACAACAACAGUAGCAACAAAUUUAUUAAAUCCAACACAAUCAUCAUCAAUAGCAGCAACAAUAAUUAAAAAUGAAGCAUUCUCACCACAAUCAAUGGAUAUUUGUAAUUGAAAUUUUACAAAUUACAAAUUACAAGUCAAGUUAUCAGCCAUCGACAUUUUAAAACAUUUAAAAAAAUCUAAUUCCUAUAAAUUUUUAUUCACAGUUUUCUCAGUUUCUCUCAAUCAAUCAAUCAAUCAAUCAAUUUAUCUCAUGUUUACACAUUACCUCUAUUAUAAAUAUCUAUUUUAUUAUUUUAUUUUUUCUCUUUUUGCAUCAUUACAAUUACAUAACAGAAUAAUAAGGUUUAUUUUUUUCAUUUUAAAGAUUUAUUUUACACACAUGCAUUAC